GUUGACUGGAGAGACAAAUUUAUCAGCUAGGUGGAAACCUCUUUAUUGUCAUCAGUUUAGAAGAAAAACACAAAAAGACACUUUCCACUGUGAGCGGCAGUAUCAAUUAUUAUCGACUAUACUCUCAUCAGCUGUCGAUUGGCUAUCUCGGCAGUGCUAUUGUGUGUGGCAAUAUUGGCAUGAUCUAGUGAAUGAGUGACAAUAACUGAAAUGCCACGGUUCUUCAUGAUAAAAUGAUUGUGAACACUUCAAGUGAAGACAGAGCGACUGGGAAGUUUGGUGGAUCAGUGUGGAAAAUUGAUUUUGUGAGGAGCUUUUAUGGUGCGACAGAUGGCGAAGACGCGAGGAUACGACAAUCCCGUGGCGUUGGCCUCAACUGCCACUGAUGAGAGGUCAACUGGCCGCGACCGGACGAAAUCGGAUGCGGAAAAUAGCCCUGAUACAGCAGAUCGUAUUCCGGGAAUCCGGAGAAUCUUCAAUGCCAACAGAUACGCCACGAAGAAGACAUUGGCUCAGGGCAUCCUUGAUCUGGCUCUGCUGGCCUCAAAUGCAGCCCAGCUGAAGCACUUGCUGAGGAUUGGAGACGCCCACGAGUUCUAUACUCUGCUGCUGGCGCUGAUUGUGUCAUCAAUCUGCCUCCAGGUGAUUCAGGCGGUCGUUUGCGUCGUCCUCGGACUCAUCCUGGACAUCAACAAUGUGGCACAGCAGAGAGUGUCGGACAUCUGCAACAACGUCUGCGUGGUCAUCAUCAUUGUCACUGUGGCCAUAAACGUGAUAAUUAGUUCCUUCGACCUGAAGGAAGGGUGACGACUCAAGCAAGAGUCUCUCAGGCCAUCGCCGAAGGCGAAGGAUGAAAUUCUCUGAGGGUGAAAAUUGCCAUAUUUCUCGACUUGCAUUCGGGGAUUUUAGGUCCCUGGGCAUAUUACGCAUUUAAUUACAAUCAUUAACUUUUAAAUGUUCAAUUAUAAUUUUAUAUGUCUAUAAAUAUCCUUAUCAGUGCUCUGCGAAA